AUGUUGUCUUCAACGGACUCCUUUAUUGUUACUCCAACUGAUCAAGUUAGUGUAACUGUGGUUCGAAAAUCGGAUGGCCAUUCAAUAACUUUCGUAUUGGACGAAAAAACUCAUGUACAUGAUUUAAAAAAGGAGUUAAGAAUAAGAUUAAAACCUAAAUUUGAACAAGGAUGUCGUCUUAUUUUCCGUGACAAAGUGCUCAAAGGCAAACAUUCACUUAGACACUAUGGCAUUAAGAAAGGCGUCAAUGAUCAAGCAAUAUCCAUGGAUGAUACGAAAGAUUGGAAAUCAUCAUCAUCAUCAUCAGAUUCAGAACAAGAAAAAUGA